AUGGUUUUCUCAAGCUUACGCUAUCUUGCAAAUCCUACCUUUUCGGCUGCACAAGAUGGCACUCCUGACGAGAACCCUAUGGCCUCGAACAAGUCCUCGCUAAAAGACUUCCUUGCUUCUAUAGCAUCUAUGACAGGCGAUCUGUCCAAUAUCACAGCGCCUCCAUUUGUGCUGGACCAGAAGUCAGUGGUGGAGAUACCUGCAUUUUGGGCCGAGAAUCCUGACAUUUUCGUAUCGCCCUCGACAAGUGAAGAGCCGGCGGAAAGAGCGUUGUUGGUACUCAAGAGCUUCUUAGCAGGCAUGAAAUCCCAGUGUUACCUAGGACAUUCCCAAGCCGAAGGCGUGAAGAAGCCCUUGAACGCUUUCUUGGGCGAGUUGUUUAUCGGACAUUGGGAAGACGAGAAGAUAGGGAACACAUACCUGGUGUCUGAGCAGGUAUCACACCAUCCACCAAUUACUGCCUGUCGUGUGUGGAAUCCAACAUGCGGAGUCGUGGCCGAGGGAUACAAUCGCCAGAAAGUAACUUUCUCCUGGAGCUCGAUGCAAGUACAUGUUACAAGUACCGGGUUUGCAUUGAAGUCAAUCGAGAAGUACGGUGAACAUUACCUGAUACCUUUACCUGAUUUUAAGGUCAAAGGCGUACUCUCCGGAGCACCCUAUCCUGAGGUUGAAGGAACCUACUACAUUCCAAGUACCAACGGUUACAUGUCCAAGAUUGAGUUCGCGGGCCAAAGUUUCCUGGGCCGUGGUAAAAGGCACGGCUUCUCUGCAGCUUUGUACAAAGAGGAGGAAGGACCUAAGCACCCGAUUUACACUAUCGAGGGCAGUUGGGGCACAGAAUUCACAAUUAGGGACGUGCAUGCUGGGAAAGAUAUCGAAACCUUCAAUAUUUCAGAGGUCGUCAGCAAUCUACCGGAAUUGAAGCUGCCAAACAUAGAAGAUAUGGAUCCUUGGGAGUCACGUCGAGCAUGGCAUGAUACUCAGGAAGGCAUUCGUAACAACGAUUUCAAAGCUGUGAAUGCGGCCAAAUCUUACCUCGAGGAAGGCCAAAGAAGCAUGCGAAAGGAGGAAGAAAAGAGUGGCACAACGUGGCAGCCAUUAUUCUUCAACCAUGGCGACUCGCACGAAAUUGUCGCGUCGUUGAUGGAUAAAGUGCCUGGCGAAGAUUUUGCAGCGAUGUCACAGGAGACGGACGGGACUUGGUUUCUUGACACGUCAAAGUAUGAGAAGACAGAGAAGCCGUACCAUCCUGGCCUCGAACCAGACAACUUGAAAGAAGGUGAAGAGAGGAUAUACAGGAAUGGCUCGAGAUCGUCUAUGUCACUGAGCAGAUCAUCCACACCAAGAGGCUCGGUCGAUCUUUCCAAUGGUGCUGCUGUAUCACCAAGUCGCAGCUCAUCGCGAAGGAGCUCGGUUGACGUUCGAAAUGGUGUUAACCGCGACGGUCGCCGUACUAGUUUGGAGCACACACAGAGAAGGAAUAUUGAGGAUAAGGGGAAUGGUCACGACAAGAGACGUGACAGUACCCACGGCGACUAUCCACGUGCCAGCUUGGAAUACAAGCAGCGGAGAAACGUCGAUGAGAAGGUAGGCGCAGUUGACAAUGCUCGACGUCUUAGUGUCGACAGCAGGACGAACGUUGGAAGGCACCCUGAAUCGCAAAGUACCCCAUUGCGGAAUGUGCAAGAGCUUGGACAGGAUGUUGAGGGUAUUUCCUUGAACGACAAGACAGCUGUGGAGGAUAUGUUAAGGGAUGUGUACAGUUCUGGUGGCCAUUCGAGGCGUGGAUCGAAGAAGCAAACAUAG